AUGUCGCUCUCUGAGCCGUCGCUUCCACUCUUUGACCAGCAACAAUCAAUCUACCUGGAAGAUCUCGAGACCACCCUCCUAAUAGCCCAGCUCGCUCGUCAGGAUCUCGACGAAGUCACUCAAUCUCGCAAGGGCAAAGGUCGAGCUGACGCCCCACGCUCCGAUGAGGAGUUAGCGUUUCAAUACCAGAGGGGGCAACUGAGUGACUGGCUCGCAUUUCUGGAGGAUGCUAAGCUGGCAAAGAGUAUCGGCAGCGCUAUUGAAACUGACCAAAACAUUUUACAAGCCUUUUCUAUCGUGGAACAGGCAGCGGCGGAUGACCAUCGUGCAGCCGACCUGCUGUCAAGUGGACGUACCUUACCCAAGCCUACCGCCGCACAAAAGCAGCUCGAAGAUUCCAACUUCUUUGUCGACCCUCUCUCUUCUCAAGAUGCGAUGGCAACAAGCCCAACUCCAGGCAAAGGAAAAGCCGCGGCUGAGAGGCGAACCGCUACCACAGCAGCCACCUCCAAAUAUGCUUCCAAGGCAUUGUCUGCGGGGCCCAGUGUUGACGGAUACAAACGAAUUUCCUGUACGAUUUGUGGGGAACAGGUCAGAGUGCGGGACAGCUUACACACACCCUGCGACCACUUCUACUGCAGAGGUUGUGUCGUAGAUCUCGUUGAAACUUUCACUCGCGACGAAUCCCUGUACCCCUUACGAUGUUGCCAACAACCCAUCCCACCCGAGAACAUCAUGACCUUUGUAUCCUCCCGGCUACAAAUUCUUUUCACCGCCAAAUCCAGGGAGUUUGGCACCCCUUCACAAAGACGAAUUUACUGUGCCGUACCAACCUGCUCUGCCUUCCUUGGGUCCUCCGAGGGCGUCCCAGCAGCAUCGACAUUUCCUUGUCCAAAAUGUCGCGGUCUCACUUGUGUUUAUUGUAAACAACCUGGCCACCCAAACGAGGCAUGUAAAGAGGACCCGGCCGCACAGUUAACUCAAGAGUUGCGGGCGUUGGCCUCAAGUGAGCAUUGGCAAACUUGCCCCGGAUGCAAUGCUAUCGUAGAGCUGGAACAAGGGUGUUACCAUAUGACCUGCCGAUGCCGCACUGAGUUCUGCUAUCUCUGCGCCGUUCGGUGGAAAGAGUGUCCCUGUGUACAAUGGGACGAGGGGCGUCUAUUGGCCGCGGCUAGGCGUCAAGCCCGAAACGAGCUCGGCGCUAGGUUUCCAGCGGUCCAGCCUGCGGUAUUUGAACGGAGGGUCGAGGAAAGAAGGCGGGAACUUCGAGACAACCAUGACUGUGUCAGGCAUAACUGGCAGUUCCGACAGGGUGGAGGUCGUUGUGAAGGGUGUUCCUUCACACUUCGUGACUAUCUGCUGAUAUGGUACCCGCUUUUCGGCUUUAUAUUGCGGCUAACCAUUCCACCUACUUUCAGAUUUGCACAAAUUGUUCUCUUCUUGUAUGUGUUCGGUGUUCACGCAACCGCUUCUAGAACUGGCGUACGCCGCCGUUAA